UACACUUCCGGUUCCGGAAUAUUUCCUGAAAGUGGGGGAAAUGUCAACAUUUUAAUUAUUGCUGUUGACAAGCUUCACGUUAUAUUUAGCAAUGGGUAAUUUAUUCGGCAAAUCGAAACCAAAGCAGUCACGAGUAACGGAACAAGACAGAGCUGUUCUUCAACUGAAACAACAGCCAGACAAACUGAAACAGUACCAGAAGAAGAUCAAUGCAAACUUGGAGAGAGAGAGGAAUGUAGCCAGACAACUGCUAAGGGAUGGAAAGAAAGACAAAGCGUUACUACUGUUGAGGAAAAAGAAAUUCCAGGAAGGUCUCCUUGUAAAGACAGAUGGACAACUAGACAACAUAGAGAGAAUGGUUCAUGAUCUAGAGUUUGCUCAGAUUGAAACGGAAGUUGUGAAAGGACUCAAAGUUGGUAAUGACUCGCUCAAGAAGAUGCAUGAGCUGCUGUCUCUGGAUGAUGUGGAGAAAAUCAUGGAGGAGACGAGGGAGGGAAUAGAGUAUCAACAGGAAAUUGAUGACCUACUGGCAGGAGGACUCACUGACCAGGACGAGCAGGACGUUCUAACUGAACUCAGUCAGAUAGUACAGGAUUCAACCCCAGAACAAGAUCUGGAGCUUCCGGAAGUGCCUGAUGAAGAUGUUGGAGAGAAAGAGAGAAGAAGGGAGCAAAGGAAACACAAGGAACCGGAAGCUCUGACAGCAUCCUGAUCUAUCUAGUCUGCACUGGUCAGAUCAGGUUCUAACUGGUUCUGUCCAACUUCAAGUGGAUGUGUGUGUGUACUGCAUGAACUGAAUGAGACUGAUGCUCAAACUAUGUCUGCUGGUGACUUUCACAGAUCAACUCUGAUGUUAGUCAUAGUUAAAUGCAGAUGCUUUUAAUUAAUGAAAAGAUUGUGUGUAAAAUAUUUCUGAAAAUAUCUUAAGUAUUCAGAAAUAUAUACAAUUUCUUGCCAGACCGACUGUCCAUCUCAGACGGACUGUUGGUUCUACAGAAUGUGUUGGGUCAUCAGGGUACUUCACAUUUCAGUCUGUUUCUGGUUACUUUUUGUUAUUUUAUGAACUUAUUUCUUGUACCCUCUUUAAAAAAACAACUGUUCACAUAUGGCAAAAUAGGGAGAAACAGAGAGAACUGCCAUGUUUUGAGAUGUCAAGAACUUUGGAAGUCUUUUGAAGUGUGGGCAUUUGGUUUAUGGUUACAGCAUUUGCUCUCCAUGUCAAAGACCUGGGUUCCAUUCCCCACAAUGGCACAAUAUGUGAAGCCCAUUUCUGGGGUCCUCUGCCCUAAUGUUUCUGGAACAUGGAAAGUUGGUAUAAAAAUAAUUACAUUUAUUCAAUUCUGUUCAACAUUGUUUCCACCCAGGAACUGGGUACAAGAUCUGAAUUUCCCCACCAUACCUGAGGUCAAGGAUUUUAAUUAAGUGGUAAACCUCUGGCACUGAUAUAUUGGUGAAAUAGUGUUCUCUGACUGCAGCUGUCUCCUAGCAACUAACAGUAUCCAGGUAAUGGUUGCCUACAUGAAUAUAUACUGAGAGAAACAAAUAAAGGAACACAGAAGAACUCAAGCGUUCCUUUAAUAUUUUCCAGUUUUCAUCACCAGCUUUGAACAGCGCUGUAUUCAAACAGAUGAAAUAUGAGAAUAAAUAAAUGAACACUGCCAUGGAGUGGUGUUCCCAUAUUUGUUUCCUUCAGUAUAUUUAUCUAGCAAUUCAAGUCUGUUUUUCUUUGUAAACUUCCUGAUUGUUAGGUAUCUGAUAGGUUUGGUUUGUGUUUUGAUUUCUUAAUUUGAAAUCAACAUUGUUAGCAUGGACGGAAUCAUGCUAUGUGUAUCUUUCAAGCAUACUGACUUACACAACAUGCAUGUCACAUUAGUAUAUUACAUGCAAUCAUAGUGUUCAAAUAUUUGUUGCGAUUGAUGUAUUGGUUAGGAUGUUCUUGUCAUGAUAACACAUGUAAUACAUAUAGUGAUAAAAAUAAUGUGAAAUGUUUACAUCCUUGCAUCAGGAAAAUUUAUGCUCAUCAAUCAUGG